AUGAUAGAAAGUAUGCAAAGGAGAUUCACAAAGUUCAUUCCUUCAGUUCGUCAUCUUCCGUACACAACUUGUCUGUGCUUAGAGGGAUUACAAACAUUAGAACAUCGCAGACCAAUUUCGGACAUAUGUUUUGUGUACAAAAUAUUAAACAACGUUAUCAGCAUUGAUUUGAAUGAUUUGUUUUUUCCCUUAUCCUACCAAUCAACUCGUGGACAUCCUUAG